CCCCCCUCCCCUCUUUGCAGUCUCAUGCAACCGCAGCGGGGCAACGUGCCCGGUCCCAUGUUCGGCCACCUGUGGCUAGUAUGCCUCUUGGAGGCGGUCACGUGGGAGACACAUUGUACGCCACCCAAGUUGGUGGCGGGUAUGGCGUGGGCAGUGCACAUACGUUGCCGGUGGGAAGCAGGUUCAGCUUCGCUGCUCACUUAUUCCCCGCGCAGCAGACGUUUGAUAGGGGGAGCGCAAUGCACAGUGAUCGCCCUUGGUCCCCGCAAUCCGGCCAGAGCAUCCAUGACGUGCGACCAGACAUUGGGCUCUGAGGACCUGCCGGGAGCAGGAGAAGGAACGCCGCCUUCGGGAAGAAGUGGAUCCGGAAAAAGCGGGUCUGAGGCGAGAGGAACGGACGGCUCAGAGGGCCCAACAAAGAUGCGAAGAACGUCGUCAGGGAAAACAAGGAUGGACGACGCUAGGACCGGCGGAUUGACUUUGGCGAGGGCGAUGGAGGAGUCCACACGAUCCUACUGUGAUGGUCUUGACAAGGCCGCUUCUACAUUGGCGAAGGCAACCACGGAUGUCGGGACUGCAAUGGCGGCGAAGAUUGGUGAUAUGGCGGAGGCGAUAAGAGGAGGGAACACUGUCCUCAACAUGCUCGUAGGGGUUCUCGUCCGUCGCUAUGUGGGGUCUACCGGUGGUGAUGACAACGACGAGGACACGAACCCGUCGUCUAUAUUCCGCCGAAGGAGUUCUUCCCGGGAGGUUGGUGGGACGAACUCACUUGUGAUGGGAGAGAGAUCGACAACUUGGCUGGAGGAUGUGAUCAUCGGGUGGCGAUAUGACGAAGCUUUAGGCGCCAAGGUUUGCAAACCGGGAAGGGUAUUUAGGAAGUUCAGGAUGAACGAAUGGGAGGCAGGGUAUGUGCCGGAGUUCUGCCAGUGCGGCGCAGGGAGACACGCCGAGUUCCUCAACACUGCCACCAUCAAGAUGCUCCCGGAAGAAGGUACCUUGCACGUCAUCACGAAUGAUACCGGCGUAACGAACAAUGGCCAGCUGCAGCUCAUGCUUAAUGCGGGCCUGAAUCACAUCCCGCUCAGAUCGCUCGAUGAGGAGUUUGUGAUGGACGAGGUCGAGGUGGCGCUGGAUAAGAUACUCACCACACAGAGAUGCGAUGAAGAGCUGUCCAAAGGGGAGGCGAGGCAAGUGAAGGCGAUCGUGCGAGAGAACGCGAGGAAGUCCAUUAGCCUCAUUAGAAGCUUUCGUACGAAGCAUAUGCAUAUCUCAGGCGAACCCAUCAAUAGCGUGGCGGUAAGGGGCGAGAUCGAGUGGCUGACGAGUAGGUAUCUGGUUUGUCCUACGGACAAGGCGUCACACACCCCCACGAUCAUCUGCAUCAACUUCAUCAGGCGGCUGGCAUUACAGAGACUCUCGGGGCCGGAGUUCACACCUGUCCCGGAUACGCCGGAGCAGGCCGCGGCAAGGCUAAUGCAGAAGGCUGCUGCCUUCACUCAUGUUGGGCACGAGGCGCUGCCACUCCCGCACCUCAUGACGGUGUACAAGGCACACAAGCAAUCCUUCAGAUGGAUUACAAACACGACGGGCUCGGUGUUCUCCCCGGUAGCAGACGUUUGCGAAUGUCUACUAAAGCUCCUGGCAGGGGAUGUUCAGGCCCUUUGCACAAGUAAGAGCGAAGAGGUUCGUGCCGAUCAUGGGGUCAAACCCAACUUCUGGUGGCCGAUUUCCUCGAUAGGGGAGUUCGUUGCAAACAUCCCACGACGCAUCUACUCCAUCUUCACCGGGGAUAUCACAAGGUGCUUUGAGCCGAUACCCACGGACGAAUCAAAGGACGGGCUGCUGAAGGCGAUCAGUUUCUUUGUUAGCUGCACCAUGGAAUGGAGGAGGGCCAUGACGACCAGGGAUGUGAUUGCGAUCAGUGUCGCAGCAAACGAUACGCUGCACCCUUACUGGGUAGCUGGCGAUCAGGAAAGGGACAGGGGCAGGCUGUACUUCGACGAACAGGGGAUCAUCGACGAAUGUGAAUGGCUCGUCUCCAACGGAGUGGUACAGAUGGGGAACAGGGUCUGGAAACAGAUACUCGGGAUUCCCAUGGGUCUGGCUUGUUCCCCUAUCUUCUGUGAUGUGUAUUUCUUCAAAUAUGAGUACGGACUAAUCUCGCACCUGGUCAAAAUGCAGGAUUGGAUGCUUCGAAGACACCUACAGAUAUAUAGAUGAUCUGUGUUCUCUAAACAACACGAUCAUUACGGAUUUCCUCAAGAACGAUGUCCAUGGCCAGAACCCAGGCCGCAGGAUCUACCCGCACAAUUUCAUCGACGUUAAAGAAACAACCGAAGUUGUGAUCGAUGGACAUGGGAGAGCCGCAAAUUUUCUCAACCUCUCGUUAACGGUCAUGUCCACCAGGGACGGCAUAUACUUCACCCCGAAGCACGAUAAGAAGAGAGGUCUCUCAUUCUCCCCCGUGAAAUUCAUGAAAUUUAAAUCAAAUCGCUCCAUCGCACAGUCUCUACAGAUUCUGACGGCGCAAACCGUCUUGUCCCUCGUCAUUUGCUCUGAUGAGAAGGAAGCUGCCCUGUAAAUUAACAAUUUAGUAAAAACCAUGGUCUCAA